CUCUCUCUCUCUCUCUCUCUCUCCCUCUGCGGGAAUCUUAUAAACCCUUUCUCUCUCUGUCUCUUCUUCAAAGCUUAUCUCUUCCCUCACUUCGAAACCCUGAAAAAGACUCAAACUUUCAAAAAAUGGCGUUCGAGCUCCCAAACGAUUUCAGGUGCCCGAUCUCCCUCGAGAUUAUGUCCGACCCGGUUAUCAUCCAAUCGGGUCACACUUUCGACCGCGUCUCCAUCCAACGGUGGAUUGAUUCCGGCAAUCGGACAUGCCCCAUCACCAAGCUCCCCUUGUCGGAAAACCCUUCCCUGAUUCCCAACCACGCCCUGAGGAGCUUAAUCUCGAACUUCGCUCACGUCAGCCCCAAGCAAGAAGAUCACUCUCACUCCCAAUCCCAAUCCCACUCCUCAAUCUCCACUCUCGUUUCCCGAUCGUCGUCUCGCGAGUCGAGGCUCGAGUCGCUGACCCGGCUCGUCCGUCUCACGAAGCGAGACUCGUCUGUACGGAGGAAAGUCACCGAGUCGGGCGCGGUUCGCGCGGUUCUGGACUGUGUUGACUCGGUCGAUCGGGCUUUGCAGGAAAAGUCUCUGUCUUUGCUUCUGAAUCUCAGUUUGGAAGACGAUAACAAAGUGGGUUUGGUCGCCGACGGUGUGGUGAGACGGAUAGUCGCGGUUUUACGGGUCGGGUCGCCCGAUUGCAAAGCCGUUGCCGCUACCCUGCUAACGAGUUUAGCUGUCGUGGAAGUGAACAAAGCCACUAUUGGGUCGUACCCCGAUGCGAUCUCUGCUCUUGUUUCUCUUCUCCGGCACGGGAAUGACCGGGAGAGGAAGGAGUCGGCGACGGCUCUUUACGCUCUCUGCUCGUUUCCGGAUAAUAGAAAACGGGUUGUGGAUUGCGGGUCGGUGGGGAUACUUGUUGAGGCGGCUGAUUCGGGGAUGGAGAGAGCGGUGGAGGUGUUGGGGCUUUUGGUUAAGUGUAGAGGAGGGAGAGAGGAGAUGAGUAGAGUGAGUGGCUUUGUUGAGGUGUUGGUUAACGUUUUGAGGAAUGGGAGUUUGAAAGGGAUUCAGUAUUCUCUGUUCAUCCUCAAUUGCUUGUGUUGUUGUAGCCGAGAGAUCGUUGAGGAGGUUAAGAGGGAAGGUGUGGUUGAGAUAUGCUUUGGUUUGGAGGAUAAUGAGAGUGAGAAAGUCAGGAGGAAUGCUACUAACUUAGUCCAUACUUUACUUGGGAAUCCGAUGGAAGCUUAAUAGGAUCAGGCUUUUGUCAUCGGUGGUGGUUUUGGGGAUUGUAGUUCUGUUGUUUUUGUGUUGUCUGGUCUGAAUGUGGAGGUAAGUUGGGGUUGUAGU